AUGGAUGAUAGAGAUAAAAGUAAUCAUCUUGAUAAUAAUAAUGAAAGAAAAAUUUAUUCUUUAGCUGAUAUGUAUGGUAAAGGUGAAUUAAUAUCAUGGAUGAAGUAUGCUGCUAAUACAGGUGAUCAUUCAUUUAUUAAUGAAUGUAUUGAAAGCAAAGUUUCUGAUUUUAUGUAUAAUAAUGGUAAAGGAAAAGUUAUGGCAAUAUCAGAAUUAGUAAAAAUUAGAAAUCAAGAAAGAAAUGCAAUGUUAGGAGCAUUUAGAAAAAAGAAAAAUAAAGGAAAAAGUGGUCCAAAUAUAUUAAAUGAUUUUAAUCAAGAAGGUGGACAAAAUCAAGGUGAUCUUAAAAAAGCUCUUAAACUUUUAGAUGGUGGUAAAGGUGGAAAAGGAGAUCAUAAAUAUAGAGAAAUUGUAUGGAAAUUAGAUGAAAGAGGAACAAUGGGAGAAAAUUUACUUGGAACAUGUCUUAUGCAAGGUUCACCUAUUCAUAUGAAUAUUGCUAUUAAAUUAGUAAAACAAUAUCCAGGAUUAGUUAAUGAUAUUUUUAUUUCUGAAGAUUAUUAUGGUUUAUCAGCUCUUCAUCAAGCUAUUGUUAAUGAAGAUUCAUAUAUGACAGGAUUUUUAUUACAAAAUGGUGCUGAUGUCAAUGCCCGUUGUUAUGGAGCAUUUUUUUGUGCUGAUGAUCAAAAAAGUGGAAGAACUGAUUCAUUAGAACAUGAAUAUGUUGAUUUACCAAGUAAGACAAAUUAUACUGGAAGAAUGUAUUUUGGUGAAUAUCCAUUAUCAUUUGCUGCAUGUACAGGACAAGUUGAUUGUUAUCGAUUACUUAGAGCUAAAAAAGCAGAUCCAAAUUUAAAAGAUACUAAUGGUAAUACAGUUCUCCAUAUGACUGUUAUUCAUGAAAAAUUAGAUAUGCUAAAAUUGGCAUUUGAAACAGGUGCUAAAUUACAAAUAACAAAUAAUCAAAAUUUAACACCUUUAACUUUAGCAGCAAAAUUAGGUAAAAAAAAAAUGUUUGAAGAACUUUUAAAAUUAGAAAGUCAAAUGAUUUGGUCUUAUGGUGAUGCUAAUUGUUAUGCAUAUCCAUUAGCUAAAAUUGAUACAAUUGAUCAGGAAACUGGAAAUGUAAAUAAUGAUUGUGCAUUAAGUUUAAUUGUUUAUGGUGAUACACCAGAACAUCUUGAUUUAAUUGAUGGAUUAAUAGAAGAUUUGUUAGAUGCUAAAUGGAAAGCUUUUGGUAGAAGACAAUUAUUAAUUUCAUUUUUUGCUUUUCUGUUUUAUUAUUUAUUUUUUUUUAUGGCUUUUAUGAAUAGACCAUUUUCUUUUACAACAGCUGUCAUUACAGGUGGUAGUAUACUUCCAGAUGGAAGUCAAAAUCCAAAUUAUUUAAAAUAUUUUAACACAAGUGAUGAUAAUUGGAAAAAUAAAAUGAAUUAUAAUAGUUCAUAUGAUUUUGGAAUAGAUUCUGAUGGUAUAUUUCAAAAAGAUUAUUUUAAAACAGGACAAUGUCAUUUAUGGAAUUAUGAUAUACCACAAGGAUUUGGUUAUAUUCGUUUAGUUUCUGAGAUAAUUGUUAUUCUUAGUGUUUUUGUUCAAAUUGGUUUAGAAAUUAAAGAUUUUCGUCAUAUGGGAAAAAGAAGAUGGUGGCAAAUAUUAAAAGCUUUUCCAGCAAAAUUAGCUUAUAAAUGUUCAUGGAUAUUAAUUUUAUCAAUGAUACCUGUAAGAUGUCUUUGUGGAUUACAUAUUUAUAUGCUUGUAUUUGAUAAUGUAUUGGCAAUUAUUAGUAUCCUAUUAACUACAAUUCAUUUUCUUUUUUAUUGUAGAUCUGUAAAAUUUAUUGGACCAUUUGUUUUGAUGAUAUAUACAAUUAUAGCACAAGAUAUGGUUCGAUUUGUAUCAAUUUAUUUUAUAUUUCUAAUUGGAUUUUCACAAGCAUUUUAUCUUAUAUUUCUUAGUUGUGAAAGAGAAGAUAAUAUGAAUUAUAAUGGUGAAGUUUUUGAAAAUAUUGUAGCAGAUCCUUUAGAAUCAUUACAAAGACUUUUUAUUAUGACUGUAGGUGAAUUUAUGUUAUUUUAUCAAACAUUAAAUAGUUGCCCAAAUAAAACAAUGAAUGUUAUAGGAAAAGUAUUAUUUUUGAUUUAUGAAUUAGGUAUUAGUUUGACACAAUUUAACUUAUUAAUUGCUAUGUUAACAAGAACCUAUGAAUCAAUUGCUAAUACACAUAAAGAAUAUAAAAGACAGUGGGCUCAGGUAAUUUUAGCAUUAGAAACUUCACUUUCACCAAAAGAAAGAUUAUUAUCAAUGUUAAAAUAUUCAAGACCAAUAGGUACUGAUAAAAAGAAAAGAGCUUUUGUUGUAAAUAAAAAAAAUAAUUCAACAAAUAGUGAUGCUAGAUCUGAAAAAGAGUUAAAAGCUGAAAUAGCAGCAGAAGAGAGAAAAGUUAUACUUAAAAAACGUCUUAAAGAAGUUUCUACAGCUUUUAUAAAAGGAGUUGACUGUAGACCUAUAACUACUGGUAGUUUAAAAGAAAAUGAAACAUCUAAAAAUUCUGUUAAUGUUGUUAACACAAAAAAAGUAAAAGAAAAAGAAUUAUAA